AUGCAAACUAAUAUAUAUGAUGAAAAUCAAGAAAAUCUUUCCAAAUACAUCAAAAAUAAUUUAAGUGACCCAUUUUAUCUUAAAAUUAAAAUAAAGCUCAAUGAAAUUUUAAAUAAUAAUAAUAAUAAUAAUAUUAUUAGUCAAAAUAUUGAAUAUAUAAUAACACUUAUUAAACCACCACAACAAUUAAUAAUGAUCAAUCCUGACAUCCGAAAUGAUUUUUUAAAUUCACCCAAUAUAAACCAUGAAAUAUUUAAUCCAAUAAAAAAAAAUUUAGAAAUAAUUGAAAAAACAAUAAAUGAUAUUAAAAAUAAUAAUGAUAAUGGGUAUAACGAUUCAAUAAUUAAGGAAAUUGAACAAUACCAUAAAUCACAUGAAUCAUUUAUAGAAGAUAUAAUAAAAAUUGCCAAUGAAACAAAAAAAUUAACUGGAAAACCUGCAUCACAUAGAAUUUUUAAAUCUCUACCUUUAUUUAUCAGUGAGGAUUUGGAAUAUUAUCAAGUUAAAUCAAUAGACCGAGCCUAUAAAAUUUCAUCAUAUGACCAAAAAGAGUAUGAAUUUAAAAAGGAAAAUAAAUCAGGAAUAAGCUAUGUAAGUUUAUUGGACCAAGUUUGUUACAAAAUUGAUAAUGGAUCUCAUCUAUUAAAACCGGCAAAAGAAUAUGCAAUAUACCAAUUCAAUAAAUCAUUAUUCCCAACAUUACUUCUCGUCUCUCCAACACAGUUAUUUGUACUAGAUAAUUUAAGAACUUUUAUACCAGAUCAUAUUAAGAAACAUUUAGGAAAAAUAAAAACAACUCAAAACCAACGUUCGAUUUCGAUACUUUUAGAAAAAGAUCCAAAUAUUUAUAACGAUAUAGAAAAUAGUUUGCAAAACGAAACAGUUUUUAUUCAAGCAUCAUUAGAAAUUAAAGGAGAAACACUUGAGAAUUAUUUAAAACGACCAUAUACAAACUAUAAUCAAAUUAAUUUGAAAAGUUACAGUUCACAUAUUAUAUCAAGUCUAUUAUCAAUUCAAACAGACUACAAACCAGAUAAUCUUAUAUUAGAAGAAAAUACAAAUAAUAUUAUUGGUAUUGAUAAUGACGAGUCAUUGGAAUCAAAUGAAAUCGAAAUAUUACCAAAAAACAACAAAGAUGCCUACACCAGGGUCGGAAAUAUAUUAUUUACACUCAAAGAAUUAAUGAUACAGCAAAUCGAUGAAGAAAUCAAAAAUCAAUUUAUUCAACACACACCAUCACUCUUUAUUUUAAAAUGGUUAAAGCUAAUUGAAAACAAACAAUCAAACUAUGAUUCUAUUAUUUCAAAAUUGCUAGAUCCUUAUGAAACUCACAGCCAUAAUCCACAAGUAAACAUUUAUAGAAAUGAAUUAAAUUUACCUUUAAUGUUUAUUAAAGGCUGGAUAACUUUAAUGUUUCAAAGAUUUAAAACAAUUAGACAACAUUUAAUAUCAAAUCCAAACUCAACACACCAGGAACUAUUUAGUUUAAUACAUCCACUUUUAAAAUUAAAUAAACACUCAUCACCUAUAUCUCAUGAAAAUAUCCAAGAAUCAAUUCAAAAAAAAGCAACUAUAAAUCAAAACAGAAUAUCAAUUACAGAUGCAAUUAAAGAACUAGUAUCUGAAGCCGAUUAUAAUGACUUAAUAGAAUGUAAAUCUUCAUAUGGUGUAAAUGAAUGUGGUCCAUUUUGUAACACUGGUUGUAAAACAAAAAAUAUUAUUGUCGAAUGGUUAGAAAUCAUUUAUUCAACAUAUAAUAGUAAAGAUGAUAAAGUUCCAUUCCACAACUCUUGGUAUCAAAAUAAAGAUCAUUUAUUUAAAAGAUUAUUAAAAUAUGGAACAUCUAUCAAUUGUAUCGAACUAGUUGUGAAAUCAUUGGACAUCAAAAUUAAUAACGAAAACUAUCUUGCAACUAUAGUUGAAAGCGAAAUACUAAAGAAUCCAAACAGCUGGUACUUGGUCGAAUUUUUAAUCAAUUAUUUUAGUUUAGAUAUUGAAAGAAUCGAAAAUGGAUAUACAUUAUUAGAUCUAUCAUCAUCAAAUUACAAUUUCAAUGUAUUCAUAAAUUUAAUUAAAAUAGGUGCUGGAAAAAACUCAAAUGGAAUAGCUAUUGGUGUAUUUUAUCAAAAAAAAUUCACACAUCAACAAAAAUUAGAGUUAAAACCUUUCUUAACAAAUUUAUUUUUAAUUAAUCCAAAAAUCACAUGGAAUAUUUCAUUGAACCAACUAUUCCCUUUAGAAAAUACAAUUACAACCAAUAAUAACAAAUCAAUAAAAUAUUUAGAAACAGAUGGAACAUUAAGAAGAGUAAUAUCAGAAGAGUAUUGGAAGAAACUAUUUGAUCAAGAUGGUACACCAAAGAAAACAAAUGAAAAUGGUAAAAGAGCAGUCACACUAAUUGAAGAUGAAUAUGGUAAUGGUAUCUAUUUAAAAUUCAAACCACAGUUCCCAGGAAUUGAAUAUGCAGUACAAAUACUAUCAGAACAAAUAUUUGGUGAGAAUUUAACAACAAAUAGUGAAUUAGGAUUAAUCAAUUCAAUUCCAGUAUUAUUAUCACAAAAAAUAUCAGGUGAAGUUUUAGUGGAUAUAUUAAAUCAAAGCUCAGAUGUAAUUAACGAAAUUGAAUCUUCAAAUAUCUCAAAGCAAAUAAUAUUAUCAAUAAUUAUUAAUAAUUCAGAUGGUAAUUUGGGAAACUAUAUAGUUGUACCAAAAUAUAACAACUUAAACAAUAGAAUUAUAUACAAAAUGUUUUCAAUUGAUAACGAUCAAUCAUUUAUGCCACCAAAAGCUAUUGGUUUUAUAAAUUAUCUCAAACCUAUACAAGCUGAUACUGUAUUAUUUUUAUUUGAUCAAAUGAAUCAUAUUGUGCAUCAAAAUAUUAUCAACUGUUUCAAAGAUUUAGAUAUUUACAAUAUUUUAGAAAAAUGGUUAGAAAAUUUAAUAACUUAUCAUAACAAAAUGUUAAAACUAUUUUCAUCAAAAAAAAAAGAAUUAAAACAAAAAAAAGAAACUAUUAUUGGAGUAUCAUUUAACAAUGGAAUGAUUGUACAUUUAUAUUCAAAGCUUAAACGUUUACAACAACUUUUAAAAGAUAAUACAAAAGAAACAAUAACUCACAUUGAUUUAUUAAGCAAUUUAGAACCAUUUAUUGCCAAAAGAUACAAACCUUAUUUAAAUUUAAAAAUAUCAAUAAAAGAAAGAUAUAACAAAUAUUUCAACUAUAUAAAUCCAACAAUCCAACAAUUAACAUGUACAACACACUCAUCAGCACAAAUAUUACAAUCAAAAGGUAUUCCAAAUUCAAAUGAUAUUUUUUCUAAGCUAUGGGAAGAAGAAUAUAGUCCAGUUAAAACCUUAGGUGAAUUACGCAACCAAAAAAAAAAGGUAAACCAUAUAUCAGAUCUCAUUUUUAAACUUGAUCAAAAAGAAUCAUAUAUUAUAUCAAAUUAUGACAUCGAAUGUUUAUUAGAAGCAGAUUUCAGUACAAUUACAGAGCAACAAUUUAUUACACUUUCCGAAUAUUUAAAAUUAAAAGAGAUAUCUGUUCUUAGUUUUAGAAAUAGUAAAUUACAAUUUAACCCAUCUAAACAAUUUAAUUUAUACUCAAUUGUCGUACUUGAUUUAUCUGGAUGUACCAAUUUACUUAAUUUAGGAAACCAAGGUUACUUUUCAACAUUAGAAUUUAACCUAUUAAACAAACUAAAACUUGACAGGUGCCCACAACUUUCAUCUGUGAAUAUUUCAGCUCCAAAUUUAGUUUUUUUAAGUGCUACUGAAUGUAAAAAGCUUGACAAUUUUAAUUUCAAAACACCAUCAAUUAAAUAUUUAAAUGCAAAAGGUUCUAAAUUACAAAACUCUGAUAUUUUUGACUUAAGUAUCGAUAAAUCAAUUAAUUUAGAGUACCUUAACAUAUCAGAAACUGAAUUUUCAAUAAUUAAAAUCAAAUCAACCAAAUUAAAAUGUUUAGAUAUCUCUUUAAUGAAGAAAUUAACAACUGCAUAUUUAGAAGUACAAUCAAUAGAAUCUAUUAACUUCCAAGAAUGUGAUUCUUUAAAACUAAUAUCAACAAUGCAAAAUAACUUCGAUAUCAACUUUAAUUUAGAUAUACUUUUAAAUAAUCAAGAAACUAUUGAGAACAUUAAAGAAAGAAAGAUUUCACUCAAUUUAACUGCUUCAAAACUGGUAGAUAAUAUAAAAGAGUUAGAAGGUCGUUCUUGUAUGUUUAUAAGUGAAUUAGAUGAAUACUUUUUAAUACCAAUAGACUCAUAUUCCGACUAUCAUUAUUUUUUUGGUAAAGAUUUGAUGACAAAACUCAUAUUAAAAAAAGGAGAUCUGCUUCAAUUUAGUAAUUAUAACAAUUUUCUGAUAACUAAAAAAGAAGAUCACUUUCAAAUUGGUGGCCUCCGAAAUAUGGAUCUGCGACUUAUUUCAUACAACAAACCCUUUUCAAUAAGUUUAUUUUAUACAAAUAAAUUUAUUGAUAGAUAUGAAAAUUAUAAAGUUCUAAGUUUCGGCCAAGGAUUUAAUGGUAUUUUAAAACUUACCACAAAAAUUAUAAUCUUAAUUAUUGGUAAUAUAGGAAAACCAAUGAAAGAAGGAUCAAUACCAAAUUAUUUACCUUUUUUAAGAUUAAAUAAUUACAAUCAUUCAUUAAAACCAUCGAUUAUUCCUCAAAGCACCAACAUUGUUCAAAUGUAUACCAAAAUCCAUGAUUCAAAUUCACCAAAAGAUCAAACAACAAUUAACUACAACAACUUUAGAAAUACUUUAUACAUUAAACAUCUUCUUAUUUUCAAAUCAAAAUAUUGGUAUUAUUUUAGAGGAGCACCAAAACUAAUAGGAAAACAUGGAAAAAUAGAAACAAAUAUCCCAGAAUUAAUAAAAUCAACUAAAGCUUUUAAAGAAAGUUUAAACAUCCAAUCAAUAAAAGAUGAUGUAGAAAUUUUAGAAUAUUGGGAUAAAAUUAAUACAACAUAUGAAACUAUUCCAAGCGAUAUAGAAUAUUUAUAUUUAGGUGAAAUUGAAGGAUCAUUACCAACCAUUCCAAAUACAGUGACAUCAAUAGAGCUUUGUAAUGAAUUUAAUCUUAAACUAUCACCUGGAGUCAUUCCUGAUUCGGUAACCUCUAUCUAUAUUGGCGAUAUUAAAGAACCACUAGUUCGUAAAUCAAUACCAAAUAAUAUUACCCAUUUUAGUGUAUUCCGAGGAUACAAACAUUCAUUAAAGAACAUUAUACCAGAUUCAGUAUCAUAUCUAUAUCUCGAAGAAUUCAAACAUCUAUCUCAAAUAAUAUCACAAAAUGAAGAAUAA